AUGUCCUGCUCCAGCCUGUGCGUCCCCAGCUGCGGGGUGGCCACCCCGGCCCCUCUGGCUGACACCUGCAACGAGCCCUGCGUGCGGCAGUGCCCCGACUCCACGGUGGUGAUCCAGCCCCCGGCCUCGGUGGUCACCUUCCCCGGGCCCAUCCUCAGCUCCUUCCCGCAGCAGAGCGCCGUGGGCUCGGCAGGAGCUCCCUACGUCGGAGGCGGCUUCGGCGGCUCCUCUGGACGCCGUGGGGGCUCCGGGGGCUACGGAGGAUUUGGGGGUUAUGGAGGCUUCGGAGGUUAUGGAGGCUUCGGGGGCAGCUGCGGCGGUUCCAGGUCCUUCGGGGGCUGGGGUUCGGGGGGUUCGGGGGGUUCGGGAGGGUUUGGGACGGUUCUGGGGGGCUUCGGGAGGGUUCGGGGAUUCGGGAGCCACCACCCCCAGCUGGCCAGACCGGGCAACCUGGGCCAUGCAGCGGGGAUCGCUGCCAUUCCCUGCCCCUUCCACGGCCCCGAGGAGCGCCAGCCCAGCCCAGUAGCUGAUGUGGGCUUGGCUGCUGCGGCUGAGGAUGGAGAAGAGUUUCUGCAGGAACCUCGUGAUCCCUUCCCCGUGGCCAGCGAGGCUCUGGGCAUGUCCCGCGGUCCCUGUGCCGGCAGAGCACGGCCAGCCGGGCGGGAUGUGGUGCCCAGAGCCCGCGGGAUCGCACAUCCUCGGCUGGAACACACGGAGCCCAGGGUGCCCGGCCCCAGGGGCACUGCCCGGGGCAUUGCAGAGCCCGGUGCGCACCCGGGAGAUCGGGGCAGCGGGGAAAAGGGAGGCUGA